AAAGCAGACUGAGCAGACAGCCAGACAAAACUCAAAACUGGUGCAGGUGGAGAGAUCGGCAGAGGAGCUCAGGUGAAGGGAAUGAGAAGAAGAAAUGGGAGAACAAGAGAGGAGAUGAUUGGCUGGGGAAAACACUGGGACCAGGAAGGACUAACGAGGCUGACGUAGGACAGCUGUGGAGGGAAAAGCAUGCAGAUUCACCGAGCCCCACUCCUCCUGGAGGAGGAGAAGCAGCGGUUGGUGAGCGGGCAGAGGGAGGUCAGGGAGGCCCGACAGUAGUUCGGGAGUUGUGGUUCAUCGUGGUCAUGACAGGCAUUGUCCUGCUGCUGCUGGCCGUCAUCUUAGGUGUCAUGCUUCAUAAGGCCCUGAACAAACCCCCCUUCACCAGAGAGAGACCCCCACUGGUGGCCCUGCCCAUGCAGAAGAGGAGCCCCAUGGCUGUUUAUCCGCCCAGCAACUCUGUUUUGUUUGACACGGUACCUGACACAACAGGCUUCUCCAACAGUGUAACACUCAAGGGCUUCACCAUGAAAAUAGAGGAAGUCCUGGAGGAUAAAUGUGAACCAGCCGAUGAGGUCCCACCGCAGGGUGAGUUGGGCAUCCUCAGUGUGAACUCCCUGAGGCGCAGCGUCAGCCAGGUGAUGGAUGGGAAGUCUCUUGCAGGAGACGAUGGAGCGUGGGACCCCAACAUUUCAGGCCAUGACAGUGGGAUGUUCAUGGAUGAUGAAGAAUUUGUCGACACCGUCAAAGGUUUCAGCACGGUGAGGAAGGAGCACACCAUGUUCACCGACACCAACCUGUGACCUGAGGAUGACCUUUGAACCCGACACGACACUGGACCUGGAUGUUUUAAUGUUUUGACAAGCAAGUCCCCACACUCACAUAAAAUGCACCACGUUUGGUUUGAACUCCACACCAGCUAAGCAGUGUGGUUAUGAAGAGGUUAGGUGCAGCAGAAGGGACUACUCUUACAGUGAAACAUGAAGCAAGAUGAACCAUUGUGACUCAUGACAAGAUUCAUCGAUUCAGUACCUGUGAAAUCUAGGAGAAGAAAAGUGGGAGGUCCUGACAUUUAAAGACAACAUGUCAAGAUACCUUUUGAGUGGGAAAGUCUAAAAGCUUAACAUUAAAACUUCUUAUCGCUGAAUACAGACUGGCCUCCAUGACUGUAAACUUUUGCAGCAAGUGCCAUUAAGUUAGUCAGUACUUUCCAAAAUGCUGAAUGCACAGACCUUUUUUCCUCGUUUUUGCUCAUUAUUCACUCUUGUUUUUUGUUUUUUUUUGUUUGUUUGUUUAUCUUUUUUCAGAGUCUGAAUUAGGUUUAUAAAUUACAGUGAGCAAAUGUAGUCUGGUCAGGCGAUGGCAUUCAACCAAGUGAGUUCAGCAAAGCAAGCUAAGCAUAGGGUUGCUGAGUAUGCACUGGCUUGCUUUUACUCACAAGGUAAUAAAAAUGUAUUGUAUCUCUA